GGGGCCUUCAGCCCCGCCGUGAUACCGAGCGUGUCUGGCUCCUGGAGGGGUGUCUUCACUGUUGCCUCUUCAUUAGCUCAGCGGUGCCAAGAAGCCCCGAGGCCGGGUGUGAUGCCACCGAAAGGGAAAAAUAAGCUACCUGUUCCCCUUCCAGAAGGAAUGGUAUUGAAAGACACUGAAGGGAAAGUGUGGAGACUGGGCACUAUGAUUGGUCAAGGAGGAUUUGGCUUGAUCUACUUAGCUUCUCCUCAUAUUGAUAUUCCUGUAGAAGAUGAUGCUGUGCAUGUAAUUAAAGUGGAAUACCUUGAAAAUGGGCCGUUGUUUUCUGAACUGAAAUUUUACCAGAGAGCUGCAAAACAGGAGUAUAUACAAAAGUGGAUGAAGCUCAAACAAAUUCAAUGUUUAGGAAUUCCGGUAUUCUGGGGAUCAGGAUUGGCUGAGUACAAUGGAAAAAGUUAUAGAUUCAUGGUCAUGGAAAGAUUAGGUAUAGACCUGCAAAGAAUAUUUGAUGCUGAACGCAGAUUUGAAAAAGAACUUGUUCUGCAGCUUGGGAUCCGAAUAUUGGAUGCCUUGGCAUAUAUACAUGAAAAUGAGUAUGUCCAUGGUGACAUUAAAGCUGCAAAUCUGCUUUUGGGUUACACAAACCCACAUGAGGUUUAUCUUGCAGAUUAUGGACUUUCCUACAGAUAUUGUCCCAAUGGGAACCACAAACAGUAUAAGGAAAAUCCUAGAAAGGGCCAUAAUGGGACAGUGGAGUUUACCAGCUUAGAUGCCCACAAGGGAGUAGCCCCAUCCAGACGAGGUGACCUCGAAAUCCUGGGCUACUGCAUGCUGCAAUGGUUAUGUGGGAAGCUACCCUGGGAGCAGAACCUGAAGGACCCUGUAGCUGUCCAGACUGAGAAAAUAAAGCUUAUGGAUGAGCUCCCACAUUCAGUGAUGAAGUUGGCUCCUCCUGGAAGCAGCUGUAGUGAAAUAGCCAAGUUUUUGGCAUGCGUUUAUGAUUUAGCUUAUGAUGAAAAGCCAAAGUAUGAGGUGCUAAAGAAAAUCCUGGUGGAUGGACUUGAGUCAAGUGGAAGGUACUAUGAUGGCCCUCUGGAAAUUUCCACUGCUAAACGCACACGAAGUCAGCCUGCUUCUAAAGGUCUAAAAGGUGAUUUACCAAAGCCUACACGAAGACAAUUUCAGCAGAAGCAGGGGAAGCUAGAAGAUAAAGAACUUAACCAUCUAAGAAAAACUGGUCCUACAAUAACAAAGAGACGACAAGAUGAAGGUAAAGAGGUUGAAUUUAACAGGAUGCUAAAACAUGAAGAACCACAGCUGGAAAAACCUGUAAGACAUGACCACCAUCCCCAGACAGUUUUUUGGGAAGUUGAAAAGAGAAGCCACCAAAACAGAACUUCACGUUCACCAAAAUCUUUGCAAGAAAUCAGCGGUGGCAUGACAACUACUUCUGCAUCUAGUAGUUUUAACCUUACAUCUUCUGAUGAAAUAUACAAGUAUAGCAUAACUAUAGUUGUACUUCUGGUACUAAUAUUUCUUUCUUUAUAUUUUCUUUGAUGUCACUACUUUGAACUUCAUACUUCAAUUGAAGACUUCUCAGAGAUGUUCAGGCUCUUUUCAAAGUUUCUUCAUGGACAUUUUCAGAGUUAUUGGCUUAAAAAAAGAUUUUGUAAAAUAAUACUGUAAAUGCAGACCUUCUGAACAUUAAGAUUUAUUAAAAACCAUCAACUA